AUGUCGUCCUUCAAAUCAUUUGGCGGAGCGAAAACCGAGACAAUUGAUGCCUUUUCGAAGCCGUGAGUUUCUUAAUUCCUGAAAUAUUCAUUAAAACACAUUUUCAGAAUUGUCCGCCGCCGAUUUCAAGCUACACAAUCGCAACAACCAGUGGAUGAUUUGCCAAAUGUAUCAGACGAUGGAACAAAAUCACCAGAACAAGUAUUUUCUCCGCCUGUCAGUAUACCUUCAAAUGUUUCAAGCUCGGAUAGCAGUGACAAUGAAUCAUCACCAACAAAUCUAUCACAAGGUUCAACCGCUUCUUUGAACAAGAAAAUGGAAGCAUCCAAAAUUGCAACACCACCAAAACAUCUUGCACCAAAAAAACGAAGUAAUUCGGCAUAUGAUUUUGAUGAGGAUGAAGGUGAGGAAACCUUGAAAAAUGAAGUGAACUCGGAACCAAUACAAAAAAAGAUGAAACCACAAGACGAAACAGAAGGCGCAAAGUUUAUACCAAAAAAAGAGAAAAAACUGGUUUAUCAACAUAAAUGGACAAAUGAUUUUGAAGAUGAAGAAGAGGAAGAACCUGAACAACCAAGCAGUUCCAGAAUUCGACAACCAAUUUUGUCAGCUCAACCAAGAAAACCGAUUUAUAGUCGACAACCAUCGACAUCUUCAAAUCCACCACUUCAAAGAGGAAGUUCAGCUCGUGUUAGAAAUGUCAAAGAUUCCAAUGAAAUUCUUGAAUCUGGAGAAUACGAUGAUUUCAAGCAAGACGUUAUCUAUAUUCUAUCCACUUUGAACAACAAAAAUUCAUCGAUAAAUGUCAAAACUCUCAGUACAAUCUCUCUGGCUAAAAAAUGCAUCUUGCCAGAUUUCCGUCAAUUUUUGAAUACCGAACAAAUGGCUCCAAUGCUUUUCAAAUCUUUCGCCGAGGCUCCACAAAAUCCACUUUUUGCUCUCACCGCAUCAAGUGUUAUUUAUUUAUUGUAUCGCGAUUUUAAUUCAAUCAAAUUGGAUUUUUCAACACUCAAAGGUACGCUCAAAUACAAAAAGUUUACCAGCAUCCGAAACUUUUUCUGCUUCAUUUGUACAAUGUUCGAUUUUCCCGAAAGCAUCUCUUUCAAAAUAGUCUUCGAUUGUCAGUGGUAGUUUUUUAGCACAUUCAACUGAAAAUAUUAGACAAACUAAUAAAACUAUAAAUCGCAUGAUUUUCUUCCAACUUUUAUCAUUCGAACGGUCUUUUAUAGUCUUUUUCGAACAGGGUUACACUUCCUGGUGAAGAAAAAACGUUUUUUUUCAGUAAUCGCUCAACUUCUUCGAAUUGAAACACUUGGAGAAAACGAGGAAGAGAGUAAGAAGACUGUGAAUCAAGUAUGGGAGAUUUUCCAAAAUUAUGCGGAAAGACAAGAAUAUCGUGGAAAAAAGAUCACUUUUGAUAUGAAAAAGGAAUAUUUAACAGCUUCGAAUUUGAUUUUGGAAGGAUUGGUUUUUAUCACAGCGAGAUGUGCGAAUGAUGAAAAAUUGAAGACUGAACUUGUUAAUUUGAGCAUCUUACAGGUAAUCUUUUUUGUCCGGGCGGAUUUAAAUAUUAUAUUAAUGAAUAAUUAUAAUAUUCAUGAUUUUGAAAAUUAUAAUUUUUUCUUGAUUUUGUUGCGAAAUAAUCUAUUUGAAUCCUAUUUUUUUCUAAAUUUAAAAUUUUGAGUUCUAACAACGUGUUUGCAAAUCUAUUUUUAUUUUUUCAGUAUUGCGUUGCAAAGGUCGAAAAAAUGGUUGAACAAAUUCGUCAAACUCCUUUCGAAAACGAAGAUGCUCAAAGAUUCCCUCUUCACACACUUGAUAGAUGUUUCCGAAUUCUUGACACGGCGUCUAGUUUUCACAAAAAGAAUCAAGCAUUUUUAGUGUCUCAUCGAUCGAGUACACUUAUCAAUGUUCUUGCAGAGUGAGUUAAUCUAAAUUUAAAUUAAGAAAAACUUUGUUUUAAAUUUUAGAUUCCUGUCAUUGAUCCAUGAAUUUGUGCCAAAAGUUUCGAAAGAAAUGUGUGAAAAAUAUAUGAAUUGUUUGAGUGUUAUGGCUAAUAUUAUGAUCAAUUUGUCGCAUGAAAAUGGUAAGUUUUUAACCUGUAAAAAUCUUGUUGAAAGUCUUAAAAUUUAAAUUUAUUUGCAGAACUGUGCUCUUCAAAAUUUGGACAAAUUCCUGGUUUUAUUGUGAAAAGUCUUGCAUCGAUCACUCACUUGGCGCCAUUAUAUGCGCAAGAUAAACGAUAUGAUAUUUCUGUUUUGGUAAGGAUUUAUGAAUUGAAUUUCAACAAAUAAUGAGAUUUUUUCAGAUGACCUCAUUUGUUGUGAAUUUGGUUGAAAGAUGUAAUACAAAUCGCAAAAAAUUGAUAACUACACCAAUUUUGGUUUGUUCACCGGAUAAAAAAAUUGUCGAAGAGCAAAAUGCGUUGGAGGCGAUUGCGAAGGUUGGUUUUUCUGGGACUAGGUGAUUUAAAAUAAUACUAGGGAAUUUGGCUACUCGAAAAAAUAUGGAACUUUAGCAACACGAAAAACCACAUUAUUUUUCAAAAGAAAUCUUUCAUGGGAUUCAUUAACGAGAAAACAAUAAAUUAUAUCAAUAUUUUGAAACGUAAUUUUUUUGUUAUUUGAAAAAAUAAAAUUUUGAAUCUACAGUUGUCUGAAAAUCGCUGAAAAUGAAAAUUUAAGUAGAAAAACUAGAACAAACUUAUCCACGGCGUGGCAAUUUCAAAAUAGAAGGUUUUUAGUGGCAAAAUCCAUGAAAUGUUGUGCUUUUCCCGUAAAAAAGCUGAAUGUUUCAGAUUUUCUGAACCAAAACCGAAAUUGUUGAGUUUCUCGAUCCAAGAACAUUAAAAAUAUUUGAAACGAGGAUAUGUGUUUUUUUACAAAAAAAAAAAUUCUCAAAAUUCAAGCCAAAGAUUUUUUCAUUCUUCGAAUAUUCUAUGAAUAAAAAAUGGAGUAUUUUGAUUCAUUUGUCUGAAAAUAAAAUCGAAACUUUUCAGCUCUUUGUUCAUCACGAAUCCAAUGCCAGAACAACCGAUGAAGAUCUUGAUAAUGAUUUGGCAUUCGAAGAAAAAGAUUUGGAUGAUGAAGAUGAAAAUGGAGAUGGAGACAGUGAUGAUGAAGGAACAACAAAAGAUGGACGAUUAAAUCGUAAAAAAAUGGAAAAUAUGGAUCAAGCUGAUGUUUUCAAUGUGUUGAGUAAUGUAAUGACAAAAGCAUCAGUUCAUAUGGAAGAUAGUAUUUUGGCAUCACAUUAUGGCCUUCUUAUUGGUUGUUUAUUGAAUCAAAAUGAGGAAUUUGUUGAUGUUGUAAAAGAGGUUAUGCCGGAUAAAAGUUUGAGUUCGAUGGCUGCACAAUUGCAAAGAUUUCAUGAUUUUUUGAAAGUUACAACGGUAAGAUUUCGGGGAAUUUUUGUGUUGUUUUCCAUAUAAAUUUCAAAAGUAUCAUGUUUUGAUCGGAAUUUAAUUCAUGAAUAAUUUCUUGAUGAUAAGGAACCUAAUUCAAUCUUCAUUUUUUGCAGGGUUCAAAACCAGAAUCUGAAGCUACAACUCGCUCAAUUGAAAAAAUAAUCGAUGUUAUUGAAAGACUUGAUUAA